AUGGGGCGCAGGAGGGCGGCGCGCGGGCCGGGGGAGGAAGGCGGCCGAGGGCACCUCCCCGGCCGCUCCCUGGAGGCUUUCGCCCGGGAGGUGGGCGCCGCGCUGCGCGCGUCGGUGGAGCCAGGGGCGGCCGAGGGCGAGGGCGACGGCGACGGGCCGGGCCCGGCGGCGCUUCCCUGCGCGCUGGCCAUGUGGGAACUGAGCCACUGCGACCCCCGGCGCUGCACCGGCCGCAAGCUGGCCCGCCUGGGGCUAGUGCGCUGCCUGCGCCUGGGCCACAGGUUCGGCGGCCUCGUGCUCAGCCCCGUGGCCUCCCAGUACGUGUCCCCAGCGGGCAGACAGCUGGUGGCACAGUCUGGGGUCGCUGUCAUUGAUUGCUCCUGGGCCCGACUGGAUGAGACGCCGUUUGGGAAGAUGCGAGGGAGCCACUUGCGGCUGCUGCCCUAUCUGGUGGCUGCCAGCCCUGUGAACUAUGGCCGGCCCUGCAAACUUUCCUGCGUGGAGGCUUUUGCUGCCACCUUCUGCAUAGUAGGCUUUUCAGACCUUGCUAUAAUCUUACUGCAGAAAUUUAAGUGGGGCAAGGGCUUCUUGGACCUGAACCGCCAGCUCUUGGACAAGUACUCGGCCUGCAGUGGCCCGGGGGAGGUGCUGCGGGCAGAGCAGGAGUUCUUGGCCAGCCCCAGGGAGAGCCCCGAGGAGGAGGAGGAGAUCGACCUCUUUGAUGUGGAUUCAGGGCGAGAGUUUGCAAACCACCCCCCCAAAAAAAAAUAA